AUGUCAGCCGCUCCUGAUGGUAAAUUGCCCAAUAUCAAAUUCGAUGGUAAUGCACCGAAGUUGGAUAAAGCGCAACUAGAGUUUAUGAAAAUCAUCGAACAACAAAAUUUGGUGCGUGUGGAAAAGUUGCAGCGCAUACGUAGAAAUAACCUGAUUACAGCCGGCAUCUUGGGCGCAUCCGUGUUGGGUAUAUAUGCCUACUCAAUGCUAUCAGUGCAACAAGAAGAUUUCUUAGAUGAUUUUGAGGAACCGAAAAAAGUUUCAAAACAAUAAGAACUAGUUACAUAAAGUUAUAUUUAGUUUUAAGACAAGCACACAGCAAGCGAAAGAAAAGUUUGUAUUGUGUAAUUUAGCAUUAUCUUUGGGAGUUCCUCAUUUUUUGUUGCAAACAGAGUAA